AUGUCUACUGCCAAAAAUUACAGUAAGAAUCUAAUCACGACAAAUGUUAACGAGGAGUAUUUCAGCAAGAAAGACGAAGUUGCCGUACAAAGUAAAAACACAUCCAAAACAUUGAAACGUAAAGUUAUUUGCUUUUCUGAUUUUGAUGGUACAAUAUUUCUUCAAGACACAGGCCACAUCCUUUUCGACGCUCAUGGUUGCGGACCUACACGGCGUGCUACCCUUGAAGCACAAAUAGCUUCAGGUGAACGCAGCUUCCGUGAUGUAUCAGAAGAAAUGUGGGCAUCGCUCAGAGUUCCUUUCGACGAUGGGUUUGCCUUAAUGAAGUCAUCUCUUGACAUAGAUCCUCAUUUUAAAUCCUUCCACCAAUACUGUCUUGCGCAUGAUAUCCCCUUUAAUAUAAUUAGCGCCGGAUUAAAGCCUGUACUACGAAAGGUCCUAGACGCCUUCUUAGGCAAAGAAGAGAGUGGCCACAUCAGUAUAGUUGCUAAUGAAGCCAUAAUUUCAGAGGGUGGAAGUAAAUGGAAGCCAAUUUGGCGACAUGAUAAUGAGCUUGGCCAUAACAAAGCUGUAUCAGUUCAGGAGGCUCGUGAACAAGCGAAGCUCACUUGCGAGGAUGGCACUAUACCCCUCAUAGUAUUUAUCGGCGAUGGAAUCUCUGAUCUGCCGGCGGCUAGAGAGGCAGAUGUCUUGUUUGCACGCCGAGGUUUAAAGCUUGAAUCAUACUGCAUAGAGCAUCAGAUUCCGUUCAUUGCAUUUGACACGUUUGCCGAUAUUCAAAGGGAGGUGCAAAAAAUCAGAGAGGAAGAUGAGCGGGAGACUUCCGGCAGGGGCGUUCCAGUUCGGUUCAAUCCGAGAGCUAAUCUUUGGCGCAGGGUUAGCAGCAAGAAUUCGGUGAGUAACUAA